AUGACGGUCAGGGAGUAUUCUCUGAAGUUUGUGAAACUAUCAAGGUAUGCCAAUUCUCUUGUGUCUAAUAGCAGAGACGAGAUGAGUAGAUUCUUGGCAGGAAUUACUGAGGAUCUCGAAGAGGAGUGGAGGGCAGCUAUGCUGCAUGUGAACCUCUCCAUACUUAUGGUCCAUGUCCAGCAUGUGGAGGAAAGCAGAAAGAGGAGACACACUAGAGUAGGGAACAAGUCAAGGCAAGAUGAAGAGAAUUUUUCAAGGAAGAGUAGUAUUGAGAUCAGGGAUAAGCCUAGGUUUAAGAAGGGACUCUGCCACCAAGGGGAGUCAAGUUCAUCUAAGGGUCGCCAUGAUAGGAAUUCUGAGUCCAGAUUUAAGAGAAACAAUGAAGUAGAUACACCUCAAAAGAGACCACCUUGUAGGAAGUGUGACAAACUACAUGGAGGAGAGUGUAUGAUGGGCACUAACGCUUGUUACAGUUGUGGCAAACCAGGUCACAUGGUGAAGGACUGUCCGAUUAGGAGAAGUAAAAAACAAGGGAAGGAGAGAUAUGAGAUUAGAUUUCCUACUCGUAAGUCUAUAAAUCCUUAUCUCUUCGUAUUUGUUGCUAUUGGUUAA